UCAAUUUGAGACCAGUUUUGUGGUUGGGGAGUAAGAAUGCUAGUCCAAUGUCUGAUAGAUUUAGUGAAGCGCCGAAGCCUUUUGCCUUUUUCUUCUGGUAGAUCUAAUGGUAAGUGAUACUAAAAUGAAAGCCCUGGCAUGUUCUUCUACGUACUGGUCAUACAAAACAGUGCAUAGGAGUCUGGGGUUCAGAAUCUAAUGUCUGGUGAAAUCCAUACAACCACAUGUAUGAAGCCACUAACGAUCCAAUAUGGAAACUUCACUGGGAAGGACAGGCGAGUCUAGUGCGUCAACAAGUUCUGAUCCAAUUGCCAUGAUGGAAUACUAUGUGAAAAAGGCAGCACAAGAAGAGCGAAGGAGACAACCUAAAAAUUCUAAAGAUAAAAUGCCUCCACCUGCAUCUCUUCAAGGUAAUGUUAAGAAGGAUAAUUUGGGGGUUGGUGCUCAACAACCUGGAGAGAUGACUCCUGAAGAUGAUAUAUACGAGCAGUAUAAGAAGCGGAUGAUGCUUGGUUACUGUCACAGACCUAAUCCUCUGGAGCUGAUCUUAGCACCUCUGUGGCAUGCUGACUAUAAUGGCUAGUGUUUGGAGUACAGUGUCAGCUGUUCUAGUGAUAUUGAUUGGAAAUACUCGUGAAUUUUUUUGAGGUGGACAUGGACUGAGUCAAAGCACUAGCAAUGCGAGUGAACGACUGGUACGUGGUAUUGCACACAGGUUGAAUUCGCUUCCAAAGAGUCUUCGUUUCAAAGACAAAGUUGCAGCCUGAAGAGGACCCAUUUUCUUUCUUGAUUUUUAAAUUUAGAGGUUAUUGUAUAUUUUUUUACUGUUGGUUGGUUCAGCCAUAAUGAAUAGAUGUACUGUGCAGUGUAUAACAGUGUAAGAAUUUAGAGGUGCCUAUUGGGGCACCUUUUUUUUUGUUUUAUCCUCAUAACUUUGUCACUGAUAUCAGUGUGAUUCCAGAACACUAAUACACUAAUAAUAUUUG